AUGACUGAGACUAUCGCUUCAGAAAAGGCGGCUCUCCCCCGGUUGACCCUUGUCACUGGAAAUGCGGGUAAACUACGUGAGGUGCAGGCGUGUCUUGCCGGGCAUGUGGAUCUGGAGAGUGUGGCGUUGGACCUGCCGGAGCUGCAGAGUGACACCGUCGCCGCCGUCAGUCGGGCGAAGGCGCAGGCGGCGUAUGCACUCCUGCGGCGGCCGGUGCUGGUGGAGGACACGGGGCUCUGCCUGGACGCCCUCAACGGCCUGCCGGGGCCGUACAUCAAGUGGUUUCUCCAACGCAUGGGGCCAACGGGACUCGCCCGGCUGCCGAGCGGCUUCGACACCCGCAGCGCGCAGGCCGUUUGUGUCUUCACAUACUGCACAGGCGACGAGGGCGAUGCGGACGGGAAAGUGACUCAAUUCGUCGGUUGUUGUGAGGGGAGUAUUGUGGAAAUACCGCGGGGGAAGGAGGGAUUCGGUUGGGAUUCCAUCUUUCAACCAAAUGAGGGUAAUGGAAGCACAUUUGCGGAAAUGUCUAUGGAUGAAAAGAACAAAAUAUCACAUCGUUCUAAGGCACUUAUCUUGCUGAAAAAACACUUUUGUGAGUAA